AAAAUACAAGUGCUAAAAAUAAUUAAAGUAACAACUACAAUACCUAGUUUAAAAAUUUUACUUUAUCGUCCAUUUACUUAGAAUUGAUCGAUAUGCCAUAACCGUUUUUAUUUAUCACAGUAUUUGUAUAAAUUACGCGAUGAUAAAUGCGAAAUAAACAUUUGCCCGGGUAGUGCGUAUAGUAACCGGCAACACCAAAGUUUCAGUGACAAGUGAAAUCGGUGAAAUCAUUUUGAUAAAUAUUCGAUAAUUUUGCAAAAAUGUCCUUUUUUGGGGUAGGGAAUCCAUUUUCUACGCCGGUGGGUCAAAAAAUAGAACAAGCCACAGAUGGCUCGUUACCGUCGGAAAACUGGGCACUUAACAUGGAAAUAUGUGACAUCAUCAAUAGCAGCACUGAUGGACCAAAAGAUGCCAUCAAAGCCAUCAGGAAACGUCUGACCAUGAGCGCAGGAAAGAAUUACACUGUUGUUAUGUACACUUUGACUGUGUUGGAGACAUGUGUCAAGAACUGUGGCAAGUCGUUCCACACCCUGGCUUGCAACAAGGAGUUUAUAUCGGAACUGGUAAAACUUAUCGGGCCUAAGAAUGAUCCGCCAACAGUGGUGCAAGAGAAAGUGCUAAGUCUUAUUCAGUGUUGGGCAGAUGCUUUCCAAAAUCAACCGGAGUUACAGGGCGUCGUUCAAGUGUACAACGAGUUGCGAACUAAAGGAGUAGAGUUCCCAAUGACCGAUUUGGACGCAAUGGCGCCUAUCUUCACGCCACAGAGGAGCGUGCCAGACAACGGCGAGCCGAUAGUCGGCUCCCCGCAGCGAUCUGUGAUGCCGCAAACCUCGCCCAGCCGCCCCCCACCGGAUCAGAUCUCUUUCACGGGACAGGGCCAGGUGACGCUGUCGGAGAGCCAGACGAACAAGCUGCGCGCCGACCUGGGCGUGGUGGAGGGCAACAUGUCCGUCAUGAACGACAUGCUCAACGAGCUCACCGCGCAGGCGCCGCACGCGCACCACCACGCCGACAUCGAGCUGCUCAAUGAGUUGGCGGAGACGCUGCGUGCGAUGCAGUCGCGCGUGGCCGAGCUCAUCGCGCGCCUCGCCGGCGACGCGCCGCUCACCGCCGACCUGCUGCUGCACAACGACCGCCUCAACAACCUGCUGCUGCGCCACUCGCGCUUCCUCAACAACAGAAAUGCCGCGACCGGUGGCGCCACCCCAUCCGCCAUUCUGGGAGCUGCUAUGGGCGUGCCCACCGCUACCGCCGCUAAUAAUUCCCCUAAGAAGACUGAAGACGACGCCUUGAUUGACCUUAGUGAUGAUGUACCUGAUAUUGCUAAACUCACUGUGAAGGACGCGCAAGCCGACAAGUCGCCGAGCAGCUCCAAAGACGAAUUCGACAUGUUCGCGCAGUCCAGGAAUGUUACCUAUGAGAAUACUAAAACUGGCAGUGGAAGCAGUUACGCGGAUAAUCUGGAAGACCAGACCACCUCCAGCCUCGCCUCGGCCGCCAGCCAGCGCGCCACUCAGGGACAGCCAUUGCCGACGGAGAUCGAUGAAAGGGAAAUCGAUGAGAUUGCCGCGUGGUUAGAACAAGAAAAGGCGGCGUCUGAAGCCAACGGUGCCCAGGAAAGCGUCACCAGCAGCGACUUCGACAAGUUCCUCGCCGAGCGCGCCGCCGCAGCCGAAAACCUACCCAAUCUCAACGACAAUAGGGCUCAAAACACACCCAACCAAACGCCGCGCCAUCGACAGAUCAAGAAAGAGGACCAGGAUCCCAUGUUCGCGCUCUGAUGUGCUUCACCUGAACAUGUAUUGCUUUAACGGAACCGGUCGUUUUGAAUGGCAACACCACACUAACAACUUUAUACUUGACAGCAUACAAAAAUAUAUAACUUUGCAAAUGAAGUAAAAUUCCAGAAAUUGUUGACUAUAUUGGCAAACACCCGUUUCGUUAAUUUACCUAUAAGGUGUAUCGCAUAGCUGUAGGACAUUUGUUGUUGUUUUCCGCAUCGAAUUAUGUAAGAGUUGCCAGGAUUAUGUGAAUGAAAUUUACCAAUUUGUUUGGCUGUAGAUGGAAAAAUGCUUAAAAAUAUAGCAACUAUUAUGUAUUUAGAUCACAAUAAAAUCCCGAAAUCGAUAGACGAUCUCAAUCGUUAUCUUUGGAUCAAUCCACAGAAAAAAAGUGUCAAAAAUCAACAUGUCAUCUGUUAGCAUGACCAACUAACUAUUAUGAUUGGUCAAUUUUUAUUAUUAUUGGAAAUAGCAGUUGAGAUCGUUUAUGGACUCGGCUGUUAGACGCAAUAGUAAUAUACGGUUUAGUUUCAUUCACAUUGUAACUCACUGUAACAUGCCGAUGGGACGCACACGCGUGCGUCAAGUUGCCCGUACGUAACAUUGCCGAGGUGCCUGGCUUUUUAUAGGUGUUUGAUUGAAAUAUUUUAAGCUGACUAAUCAAUCUAAUUAAGAAUUUUCACGUGUAUAAUCACUCUUCGUCUCGAUUUACACCCGUUAUGCGUUUAGUGCAAUAUAGUGCUGCUUUGAUGUAAGAGCCGCUUUACGUAUUCGUAUGCUCUUUCAACCUGACCGCGGACAGUGUCUUGCACUCGAGGGAUAUCACUGCCAACUAAAUGACAACAAUAAGAUGACUUUAAAAUGGCGGACUUUUGAUUUUUUUUAAUGUUUUAUUACCAUAAUUUCAGGCGAUGUUUUGGUGAUAAUCGCGUUCUGUACCGCAAAACAGUACGUACGCGCAUUUUUAUAUGCUUUUAUUAUGUUAUUAAUUUAUUAGAUUUUGAAAGUUAGAAUUUAAUUAUGAUAACAAAACUAUUACUACUAUUUUUCCAUUAUAUUGCUGUCAUGGAGUGGCAUUAGUGAAACCUUCAAUAAAAUUAACAGCUAGCGUACAUUAUUCUUUAAACGAGCACUACGUGAGUUAGAAUCAGUAUUUGUCUCACACGAUUAGACUGUGAUAAAUAUAAAAACAAUUGAACAUGUAAAUGCAUUUCAUGUGAUUUGACAUUUGUUUAUCAUCAACUUAAAAUAAUUCAAUGUUUCGAUGUCGUACCGGCUUCAUGAAAUGAAUAGCAGUUAUUGACUAUUAUUACAUUAAUGUAAGUUUAUAUUGAUAGAUUUUUCUUAAUAUAUGAAAUCGUGUAGAUAUCAUGAGACCACGGGAGCGUUUAAUGAAACACCUGGCUUGGCUAACUGUAUGAGAUCGGUUCAAUGAAUAAUCUAGAUUAACGUUUAUUGGUAUUUAGUAUUGUAUUCCUAGAAUAAAAACCUCCGCGUUAACAUGUAAGAUAUUUUAUUUGUCCACAAUAAUGGAUAUAGUUGAUUGUUGAUUGAACCGAUCUUAUAUCUGUAUUUACGUUAUAGAGCAUUUCAUCCACGAAGACGCGCCCCACUACUUUCCCUAAUCGGUAACAGUGCGUGAGCAGGAUGACCACACGCACACUGCGAUAGUUAGCGCUGGUAAUAUGGUUAGAACAGUCCCCUUCUCCAUAACACCAUCGCUCGAAAGAUGGUGGAGUACGUCUUCGUGAAUUAAAUGACUUAUAACGUGUUAUGUUGCGGGUGCGGAUUCUCCACAUACGUGAUUUCGUAUUAAAGUAUAGACGUUCCUGUACACAUCGUCGAUAUAUAAAGCGAAUCUGCAUCUGCAUGUGUACAUUAAAGGUUUUUUGUCCAUCAAAGCUGAAAAAAUAACUAAAGCGAUUACACAAAACACAGCGUAUUUGUCUUGCGUGAUCAUUUUGGUUUGUAUUUUCCUAUUUGCUUUAAUGGACAAGCACCCUUAGUGUUAACGCCGAUGAACGGAGUGGUAACAAAGAAACCCAAGUCUAUGGCAUUUCGAUCAUAGCCACAUGUAAGGUUCAGUCUAAAUUGUUAAAGUAUUUAUCUCUUUACUAACUUCGUUCGUCGUCGAUGACUUCAAUGAAAUAUGAUCGUAAAAUGGUCGUGAUUUGUAAUAAGUGUGCUUUUUAAAACACAUUUGUAUUAAUACGUUUGACGCGGAUAUAAAUCAUAAUUAUAUUGUAUUUACGCAUAGUCAUUAAUGCAAUUUUUAUACAUAACUUAUUACAAUUUAUCCGUGUUGUUGUUUGCAUGGAUUUACUAAUGUAACUAAUGAAGCGGCAAAUUAUUAUAUUCUUAAAUUUACUGCUGCGUAUAUAACAUGCCUGCGGCAUAGUAUUGAAUAAAUUUAUUGUGUAUGUAUUACAAGUACAUAUAAUUUUUAACUUUGAAAAUAAAUGGCAUUAUCAAAAUGUUUAUUAAAAAAGAGUAUGACAAUGGAUACCAUGAAAUUAAUAAAAAAAAUGUUAUUUGUACAUUUUGUAUAUUUGUUUUUGAAUCAAUUGUGUCUAAAAUUUUCAUUCUUUGAAAUAAACAUGCCGUACAAAUUAUUUGCUAUCUUUAAUUGAGUUUUAUGAUUAGUUUAUUUCAUAUUGAGCUAUGCCACCAAGGCGUUAAAACUCGUAGGCCGAGACUGAAAACUAAAAAUUCGCCUACAGCAUCGGUUAGUCCUAGCAAAUGUCAUUUUUUGUUUAUAUUUACUUUAUUAACAUGUACAUCUACGACGAAACAUUGUAAAUUGGAGAAACUAACUCUACAUUGACAUUUUGCCAGUUUGGGACAAGCGUUAAUACCUAUUUUAGUUGCCACUUUAAAACAAAAAGAAUCGUCUGGCAUGAAGUUACUAAUUGUUAUAUCUGCGAGAUUAAUAAUAGGUACUAAGUUACCCGUACGUUAACCCACUGCUGUACCAAAGUAUUCUAUUGGUUGUAUUAACAUGUGUAGAAAACACUGAGCCAUUCCAAUUUUGUCUCAAUUAAAUGUUCUUUUGGUGUUUAUGUGAUAAAAAAAAGAACAAGCUUAAUGUUAAUUAUUUAAAGAGUUAUUUUACGUUGUAAUCGUUGUAUUUAAGGUAAUAAAAUAAUUAUGGAGCGA